GCUAUAAAAUUCAACACUCUCCCACAAUCGUUUCACAACCUUCUGAUAGCACCCAAAAUGGUAACUGUGUUAAGAUUAUGGUUUGUGACGCUGCUGUUGUUCUCCCCAGUUGCAUUGUCUGAACUGUGCAACCCACACGACAAGAAAGUAUUGCUGCAAAUCAAGAACGACUUAAACAACCCUUACCUUCUAGCAUCCUGGAACCCCGACACAGAUUGCUGCCAAUGGUACUGCGUUGAAUGCCACCCUAAAACGCACCGCAUCACCUCCCUCGUCAUUUUAUCCUCUGUUCCCGAAACCAAUUUCUCAGGGCAAAUACCACCCUCCGUCGGUGACCUACCUUACCUAGAGACCCUCGAAUUCCACAAGCUUCCUAAACUCACCGGCCCAAUCCAACCCACCAUCGCUAAGCUCACUAAACUCAAGGAGCUCUAUAUAAGCUGGACCAACAUUUCCGGCCCAGUACCCGAUUUUCUGGUCCAGCUCACUAAUCUCCAGUUUCUCGACCUUUCCUUUAAUAACCUCUCCGGCCCCAUACCGAGCUCGCUUUCCCGGUUGCCCAACCUGUUGUCCUUGCGCCUCGACCGGAACAGGCUCAUUGGUCCAAUCCCGGAUUCCUUUGGAUCAUUCAAGAGGCCUGGCCCAAGCCUUCUGCUGUCCCACAACCAGCUUUCGGGGCCCAUUCCUGCUUCCCUGGCCAACAUAGACCCACAACGGAUAGACUUUUCAAGGAACAAACUGGAAGGCGACGCUUCCAUGCUUUUCGGAAGCAACAAAACGACGCAGAUGGUUGACGUUUCGAGGAACUUGUUGGCGUUUGAUUUAUCGAGAGUGGAGUUUCCCACCAGCUUGAUAUCGUUGGAUUUGAAUCACAAUAAAAUCACCGGAAAGAUUCCAGUGGGAUUGACCGCAGUAGAUUUUCUACAGGGGUUCAACGUGAGCUAUAAUCGACUUUGUGGUGAGAUUCCGCAGGGAGGAAGACUGCAGAAGUUUGACGUGGAUUCCUAUUUUCAUAACAAGUGUUUGUGUGGAUCACCCCUUCCCAGUUGUAACUGACUUUUCAGUUCACUCCACCAACCUAAAUGCUAAAUUUCUAAUUCUAAUUCAAAUAAAAAUACUCGUUCCAAAAACAUUUAUACAUUGAAA